CCCGCCCGCCCUCACCGGCCGGGGUGCUCUCGGUGCUGCACGGAGACCCUCCGCAUCCCCGCGAACAUGGCGCUGCGAGCGGCGCGAAGCGUGCGGGCUGCGGUGUACAGCCUGCGCGCCAUCUCUGCGCCCAACGCGCCCUGCCCGCCGCGGCCCUGGGGACUGCGGGCCGGCGCCGUCCGGGCGCUGCGCACCGGCCCCGCUCUGCUCUCGGUGCGUAAAUUCACAGACAAACAUGAAUGGGUAACAACAGAAAACGGUGUUGGAACAGUGGGAAUCAGCAAUUUUGCACAGGAAGCUUUGGGAGAUGUUGUUUACUGUAGUCUGCCUGAAGUUGGGACAAAAUUGAACAAACAAGAGGAAUUUGGUGCUUUGGAAAGUGUGAAAGCUGCUAGUGAACUCUAUUCUCCUCUCUCAGGAGAAGUAACUGAAAUUAAUGAAGCUCUAGCAGAAAAUCCAGGACUUGUCAACAAAUCUUGUUAUGAAGAUGGUUGGCUGAUCAAGAUGACACUCAGUAACCCUUCAGAACUAGAUGAACUAAUGAGUGAAGAAGCAUAUGAGAAAUACAUAAAAUCUAUUGAGGAGUGAAAAUGGAACUGCUAAAUAAACUAGUUUGAAACAACUUAAUCUAGCAUAGUUGUCUUAAAUUAGUGGUGGAUAGAUUUUUAAAAAGCAACUUUUAGCAAAAGAAACUACUUGCAACAAUGUUUCCUAAAGAAAAUUACCCCUUAACUUCCUAAUGAUUUGAGAUAAACACUAUGCAUCUCUUUUUCACAGCAACCUAUGAUUUUUAGGCUAGGCUCCAGUUAUAAUAUUCAGAAUUCCUGAAAUUAUCUGUGGUAAAACUAGUUAUAAAAAUUAUGUAAUUUAAGGAUAACAGUGUUAUCUUAAGCCUUAUAUAUAAUAUUGUAACUUGCUUACAGCCAUCCCUGGAUUUGGGUCAAAAUACUCAGUGAUCUUCCCACUGGAAAUAACUGGCAGUGGAGAAGAGUUUGUUAGUUGUAUAGUGUCCGAUGACGAACAUUACUAUCUUAAUUUUACAAUAUACUGUGUUUGCUGGUGCUAUUUUUAUACAGUGAAGCAACAGCCUUGCAGGAAAAUAAACAGUUUAAUGAUAAAAUCUUUAUCUUCAUAA